GUCUUCAGUUAAAGUUUCAUCCAUCAUCAUGAGCCACAGCCCAGAGAGGAUGUCCUCGUACCGUCGCUGCUUUGAGAGCACAUCUGAAAGUCAAAUUCGGGUGUCCAGCCCAUCUCCCACCCGAAAGGAGACCCGCCACAGGUCAGCCAGCUUCAACAGGAAUGUAGGGUGGAAAGGACCAGGCUGCAGAGUCCUCACCAACAAGCCUCGUCUGACCAGCAGUGCUAGUAUGGGCACGCUGUGCUUGGAUGUGACUUCUGGCCACGGAGCGAAUUUGGAUCUGGAUGCGACUGCAGCACAGAACCGGGCAUUCAAGCUGACUCGCACCAAUGAGAGGCAGGAGAUGGUGGUGCUCAAUGAUCGCCUGGCAUCUUACAUUGAAAAGGUUAGAACACUGGAGUCCAAGAACAAGCUGCUGGAAGCCGAGAUUGAGGCCUUGAAAAGUGCUUUUGAGAGAACAGCCGGUCUCAGGCAGCUAUAUGCAUCACAGCUAAAGGAACUGAACAGGGAAGCUGAGCAACUGAAGGAGAAAAGGGAUUCGUCUUUGCCAUUGAAGGAGGCACUGUCCUGUCAGCUGGAAGUGCUGAAGUCUAAAUAUGAUGAGGCUCUGGAAGCCAGGAAGCAGACAGAGCAUCACAUUGAGACUCUGCGUCCGGAUGUGGACAAAGCCACUUCAGCUAGAAUUAAACUGGAAAAGCAGCUGGAGAACCUGGAGGCUGAGCUGACCUUCCUGCAGAGAGUUCAGAAGGAGGAAGUCGAUGAGCUGAUGCAGCAGAUCUAUUCAGCUGCCUCAAAGAUGGACUUAAACUUCGACCUCCCAGAUCUUUCCUCUGCUCUCACACAAAUUCAGUUUGAAUAUGACAGCAUUGCUGCUAAGAAUCUGCAGGAAAUGGAUGCUUGGUAUAGAUCAAUGUUUCAGGACAUGAGCGAUGCGUCAUCCAAGCACGCUCAAAGUGUUCGGAGUCUGAGAGAGGAAAUUGCUGCUUAUAGAAAGGAUAUUCUGAGCAAGGAGCGAGACUUGGAGUCACUAAGGGCAAGGAAUGAGUAUUUGGAGACGCAUAACCGUGAUGCCAAGGAGAAGCAGAAGAAGCUAGAGCAAGAGUUGGAGGAGCGUAUUGAGGCAUUUAAACAGGAUCUGAAGCUCUCCAAGCAGAAGACUGCUCUGCUGAUGAGGGAAUAUCAGGACCUCCUAAAUGCCAAAAUGACAAUGGAGAUCGAGAUCGCCACCUACAGAAAGCUGAUUGAGGGAGAAGACAACCGUCUGAGCACCAUUGUUGGGAAGCUGCCUCUGACUGACCACCUGCCUCUCACAAACAGGCCCUCUGACCGUUUAUCAUCACUCACCCCCGUUACAGAGUCUUUGAAACUUGAAGGCCCCGAAUGCGCAUUCAACGCCAAAACACCUCCAGCUGCCGUUUCUAUAGACAACCCGGGUGACGGGAACCCGCAGGCAACUGAGAAGUCUGAGAGGAAGACUCUCCUCAUCAGGACAGUUAAAACAGACGAGGACACCUAUGUGAGCGACACACAGCAGUGCACCAUCUCUAUUUCUGGAGCUGCUGAGGACACAGAUGAAGAAUAAAAGUCUGGAUGUGUGAUGUGUUGCAAAAUUAUGUUCCCCACGCUUUCAUUACACUCUGAAAAUCCUGGAAAUCUGCGCCGUCCUUCACAAGGAGGAAGAAACCACGCUUUUGUAUGAAAUCUGACCUUUUUAAUAACUCACUGACUCCAGGUGCUUUUACGUCCGCUUAGGAC